AUCUUCCCAUUGUGCAUUCGACGGACGACGAGGGGUACUCUGACUUGUGAACAAAAAUUUUUUUCUUCGUACCCGAGUUAUUCGAGUUUAUCGAUUAUUUAUAGUUUCUAGUUUCCCGUGCUCUUAGUGAACGAUCGAUCACAUUAGUAAAUAGUAAUCUUAUCAUGUUGUGUUAGUUAUUCAAUCGCAUUUGUGAUGUUGCCCGAAAAUGGUUUGUAUAGACGAAGUAGUUGCUUACUUCAAAACACUUAAAAGCUACGAACGGCUUUGGAUGAUGUGUAGACUCCAAAGCCACUGUCUUCCAAUUGAAUUGAGGUACCUCGGCACUUGUUUAGAUAACUUGUCUAAAAGAGAUAUUCACAUAUUGAAAAAAUUGGAACUUGAAGCCAACGAUCCAGCCAGCGUUAGUGAAGUAGCUUGCAAGUGUAUUUGCGAUAAAACUGUUAGGGCAGCGGUUAUCAAGUAUUUAUCUGUAUUAAACACUAAUAGUACUAAGUGUUCAGAACUAAUUUAUAAAGCGCUAACAGACGACAAAGGUCUAGAACGUAUAUUUAAGUGUCCAAAAGUGUUCUUUAACGAUAAAAACGCAUUUGAGGAGCUUAUGGUAUUGUACACAUUAGCUGUAAAUCAUCCAGCAUUUAUAUUUGAACAAAAAACUCAACUAGAUAGCAUAUUCAACUGUAUUAAGAAAGAAAAAGAGAGACAACUGUCCAAAAAGAAAGGCGGUGAUCUAGACAAAGAAUCUUCUGAUAUUUUGGAGAAUAUCAACACCAUGAUUCCACCACCCAACUAUAUGUAUCAGCAAACUCAAGGAGGAUCAAAUUAUCCUCUGAAUAGAAAUGGAUAUUUAUAUCCACGUCAUUAUUAUCCGUUUCCUCCUGUGAAUGUUCCACCAAUGCAAGUUUGUUACGACUUUCCACCACCAACAGCAGUUUCAGGAAUUAGAGGACCACAUCAAGCUAAUUUUUCAAAAUCUCCAAGCCCAGUGUCAUGGCCUCCACGCACAUUCCAAAUAAAUCCACGUAAUCAACCACCAAACAUAAACUCAAAGCAAAGACAUCCUACUCCACCGAGAUAUCGUAAUCCUUCAGAUCCUAGUUAUCCAUUUUCACAAACUUGGAAUAAUUGGAACAUGUAUCAAAUGUCACCACAUAAUAUGUAUGCCAAUUAUAAUUAUACACCAGGAAUGGUCCCUUCUUUUUAUCCUGAAAAUCCCAUGGGUCGUAACUACCAAGGACAUGGGACAAAAACUAAACAUUCAACUGUUAAUCGACAUCAAGAUCAAUGUAAAAGCCAAAUGCCGCCGCCAGUGCCUGUGUCUACUUCUCCAAAUAAAGUUGAUACUGUAGUGAAGAGUAAGCCUCUUUUAACAAAUGCCACAUUAAACUCUACAAUUGAAAACGAACCUAUUCUUGAAACACAUAAUCAGAUGCCAUCGUCAUCAAAAUCUUCAGAAGAUUGUAGUCAAAGUAGCUCUUAUAAAUCUAUUAAUUCAUCUAUUUCGGAUAAAAUGUCGGGAGCUUCUCCUCAGCAUGCAGUUCAGGGUAACUCUAAUAAUGCAAGUCCAAAGUUGGUUCAAUCUGAAAACCAAUGUCAAACUAGUAGUGCAAAAGUGUGUAACUCAAAACUUACUCUUGAAAACAAGAUAAAAACAGACAAUGGUGGACAAACCAUUUCUACAAUUCAGCCAACACUACCAAAAACAAACUCACCACCCAUAAAUUCACAACAAACACUCUGUACUUCAGAUACAAAUCAGCAAACAACUGCUACAGUAGGGCUUCCUAGAAGUGAAUCCAUAAAAAAUAUUGAUCUCUCUACACUUUCAUCUGUGUUGGAUGAUGGUAAAAAUAAAGAGGAAAAGUCUAUUGUUGCACCAAAUGAAUUAAUUGAAGAAAAGUCCAAAUCUAAUUCUGAACACAGACCACAAAAUACAAAAAAUCCAUUGCAACUUGAAACUAACACAACAAAAGUAUAUGAAGUUAAAGAACCAAUAGCUGGUGCUACUGCAAAACCAAUGACUACUUCAAUAACCAAUAGUUCAUAUAAUGCGCAAACCAGUAAAUAUUAUAAGGGUCGUCCAAUACAAUCUCAACCAAGGACUUCACGCGAUGGAAAUAUAAAUAAUAGUUAUAAUAGAAAAUCUAUGGCAGGAGGACUUCCAGUAUCAUCCUUCAAUGAACCUGGUAGGGAAAAUAUUCAUAAAACUCAUCUUAAAGUACCUAACAAUGGUCAACAAUUCUAUACUAUGGCGUAUGAUAAUGGAGCAAGUGCUAGAGGUUAUAAUACUCAAGCAUAUUAUGUUCAUCAACCUCAAACUUCUCAACCAAUGUCAGGUUUUUCUCCUAUGCCACGACAAUAUAUACCGCAACAACAUGUUGUUCAAUCACCUGAGUAUCAGCAAGUUUACCAACAACCUACUGAAUUUGUUUAUUAUCCAUCUUCUUCACAAACAUUUUAUACUACUACACCCGUCUUAAUGCAACCUCAAGUGUUAGCAUAUCAUCCACCAAAAGUAUCAUGCUAUAAUUGUGGAGGACAGAAUCACACAGGAGCUGAAUGUACUGAAUUGACAAUGGAAGAAAUAACAAGUAAAGGUCUAUACGAACAUCAUUAUGGACCAUCAAUGCCAGAUGGCAGACCCCGGAAUUGACAGUUAUACUAGAGCAAUUGUUAUUCAUAAUCACAACAUACAGGAUGACCGGAGACUUCAAGGAUGGUGAAUCUACCAACACCCUCUCCUAUAGUAUUAAUUUUAAUUUAAUUUAAAUGAUGAUUCCUCGAUUCGUUACCUGUUGUUUCCAAAUAAAUAAGACUGGGUAAUGUUUUUCUUCCAUAUUAGUAUUUUUUAAAUUAAUAACGUUAGCAGUAUGAUAAAAAAAAAAAUGUAAUAUUAAAUGUAAUCAAACCCUUUAAAUUUAUAACGACCUCGUCGUUUCCCUUUAUUUUAAAUUAUUUUCACCAGUCAUAUUAUAAUAAUCAAUUCUUGAUAUUAUUUCUAACUUAUUGAAUCGUAGAUCCUAUAAGCGUUUCACAUCAUCUCCCCACCCUUAAAUUAUAUCUUAUCGCAAAUCAAAUGUUUUCAACAAAACAGUUGCGAUGAAGAUUUUUAAAUGUUUAAUUUAAUAAUUUAUACUAUGUGUAACAUUCCCUUUUUAAUUUGACACCACUUGUGUAAACUGGUACCAUUUUAAAUAUUUUUGUCUAAAUUUACAAAUUAUAACAAUAUUAUGUAGUUUAGAAAAUGGAAAACAUCAUUACGUAUUAUUAUCAUGUUUUUAUAUUAUAAUUAUUAAUAAACAUACGAAAAAAAAAACAAUUUGUUUAAAGUGUUUAGUAUCAUAACAUUUUUGUUUACCAAAUAUAUUUAUGUGUUUAAUUUUUUUUUUAUUUAAUUCAUAUUAUGUUUUGAUGUAUUUAAUUUAAUAAUUUUGGUAGGUAGUAUAACUUGGACUGAAUCUUAAUUAUUUUCUGUCGGGAUUUAAGUGACUUAUUAGACCUGAUUGAUGCCAAAGUUAUAUUAUAAUUCAAGGAAUCUUUGUUCUAGGUUUCAUCAAUAAUCAGUCAAACUAAUAACUUUAUAAAGUUAAUAAGUCAUUUUUUUUGUUAAUAUAAUUUUCAAAUAAUUCCAUAACUUAAAAUGGGUCCCUAAAUAAAUCGUAAUUUAUGUGAUAAUGUUUUAAACUAAGACAUUUUAUAUAUAAAUCUCAAAAAAUAAUUUGAGAAGAUAUUACUCUUAAAUAUUAACAAGAUUGGUUUGAAAUAAAUAUUACUUCUAGUCAUCUGAGAAUUAAAUUAAAUAAAACAAAUCAUUUUAAUUAAUUAUAAUGUACAUUAAUUAAAAUUUGAGUUGUUCACUUACUCGUCAUGUUAAUAAUGGUGCAUUUAAUUACUUGCAGUAUAAUACUGUUAUAAUAGUAAAUUGCUACUGAUCUUCAUAAAAGCAAAUGUUAAAAAUUGCAUGAACCAACUUUUAUCACGGUUUGAUUUAUAUUAUAUUUUACUAUAAUAUCUAUCUUGUAUAAAGCAGUUAAUUUUAUCAUACAAUUUCAGUUUGUAUCAAUACAAAUAGAACUAUGUAUGUAUAAUUUUAUUGUAUUAAAAAUAAAAUAUUUAUGUUAAGUUUUAGUUAUAAGUUUUAUGAGUUUAAUCCAAUAAUAUUUAUGUUGUAUUUCCAAUAAAAAAAAUAAAUAAAAGUAAAAAAAAACAUUUUGUUAUUAGAUACUCAUAAAAUUAUAUGUACAUAAUUGCACUUUUUUCUGAUUAUAUUAUUAUGUAUAGUUUAUAAUUUAAUUUAAGUAUAGAAAUAUUAAGACAUUAGCUAUAAGAAAUUUAGAUUAGGUCGUAUUUUAUAUUAAACCUUAAAAUGCAUUCCCUUUCCAACUUUUAUUUUCGGUACAUUAAUUAUAUUAAAAUAUUUAUACAGCCGAUUUUUUAUUAUUUGACUUAAUGAAUUUCGGAAUAUAUUUUUUUUAUAGGUAUUUUAAAAUUGUAAAGUUUUAAAUUAAAAAAGUAUAUAAAACUUGUAUCUAAAAAUGUAAAAAAGAAUAUAUGGUUAUAUUAAAUAUUCCGAAAUACCUAAUUAUUGUCUUACUAUAAAAAAUCUGUCAGUAUUUACACAUACAUUAUUAUUAUUAUUCAUUAUAUUACAUUUUUAUUAUCAAUAAAAACGAACUACUUCUAUCUGUGUUAUGAUUAUUUAUAGAUUAAUUUUUGUUUUGAAAAUUGAGUCUUGAAGAUAAUAUUUAAUAAAUAAAAUAAUGUUGUUAUGAUUUUAAAUAUACAUUACAUAAUAA